AGUCAUCUCUCACCAAUUUCAGAAGAAGAGGGAAGAAUAAUCCCGGCACCCGGGUGUCAGCUUUGACACCUCAUACCUAGGCAAAAAAUAACCUACUACUCUAAUUACUGCCGAUUAACGUAAUCAUCAUCAUGGAGGUCAUGGAGGAUGAUGAGUAUGAGGACUACGAGGACGACGAGGAACACCUUUCUGUGUUUUUACAAGGGACCGGAGGUCAGGCUGACUACUUGGAGGCGAUUCCAACCAGUAAUAUUGGACUUCAGAAGCUUACAACUAUCCACAACCGUGUCAAGAACCAGGGCACUUUUCUUGUAACUUCACACUAUUCAACUUUGGCUAAUGCCGUUGCUGGAGACCCCACACCUCCGCCAGAAGUUAUCUUUGAAGCCGCACGGAUUAUUCAUAAGGGAUUAAUCAAACUAAAAGAAGAAAUUGGUGUGCACGGGGCUGAAGUCGACAAAUUUAAUCGAAAGGAAAUCAAUCGACUGCGGAGAUCUUUAGCCGUUAUGAUAUAUCUUGUACAUCGUGGAUUAGGUGGGAUGGACGCCCAAAUUAUCCUUCAAUCAGGAAAUAUAGGAGGGAAGGGGAAGAGUGGAAAAGCUACGGCUGCAUUUAAUGGAAUCGAAUACGCUUGCGGAAUCAAUUGGCGGAACCUACGAUCGAUGAUUAUGGAAGAAUUGUUGGCAGUCUUGCAACUGCAUGUGGAGAAAAUAUGGGACGACACUGGAUAUGGGUAUAGUGUCCCAAGAAUGUUGAUCCGUACCAUGUGCAGGAACUUUAAUGAAGUGCGCCUUGCAAAUGAAAACUUACGAGCUGGAAAUGAACCUUACAAAAUUUUUGCAAUUGUCGCUAAACGGUUCAAUAAAGCGGCGGAUGUGUACCAGCGAUUAUUUCCUCUUAUGAAGUACGGAGAGGAUGUUGGCAAACUGAUUUCCAGAUCUGUUGAGGUGAUGGCAAAUGACUAUGAGAUUGAAGAUGCUGUAGUAAACGCAUUUCAAACAAUAAUGAUCAUCGUGGAGACUUACAUGGGAGAGUCGGACAAAAAUUCGGUUUUGGCCGAGAAAGGUGCUGCACAAGUAUUGGAAGAUCUAUGUGAACGAACACCAAAAGACGUGAUUCAAAAGGCUAGAUUAUACUUGGUUCAUUUGUUAAAAGUUGAUAGCGUUCCAAUUAGGAAUGCAGUAGUUCAAGGAAGUGCGACGCUUAUGCGUUGGCUAAACCGUACCGAUGGCGAAGGAUUGGAAAAUAUUGGAAAGCUAAGAACACAAAUCCUUAACGAGAUUUUAGUUAAACAUUGCCGUGACGUAAAUUUCUUAAUUAGAUCUAAGUGCCUCCAAAUUUUGGCCAAAUUAAUUGAUGAAGGCAUUUUAGAACCGAUAGAAGUUGCAAUUUGCAUGAAUGCUGCUAUUGAUCGAAUGAAUGACUCUACGACCUUAACUAGGAAAUACUCAAUGUUAAUUGUCAACAAUAUCUUGGCCAAAUUUCCUGGAAUUUGCAGUACUGAAAUAAAUUAUAAGAAAGAAGUGGAUGAUCACAGGAAACGGUUAUUGGAGAUAAUGGCCAAAACAUCUCCGCGUAAAAGUUAUUAUACGUGUGCAAUUGUUCGAGAAUUUACAGAACAAGUUCAAGUUGAAGAGAUCCCUUUGCCCGAGAUAUAUGACGCUGAUGUUGAAGCAGGAAUGACUAAAGUACGCCCGUUAAUUGCUGGCCUUGUUAAAGAAGAUAAAUAUUGGGAUGCUUGUCUUAUCCUCUAUCAUUGCUUUCAAAGAUAUGGGAACAAUGUCGGAAUUGCCGAGGCUGGAGUAACUUCCGCCAAGCCUGAGCUUUACUUGGGAUUUUUUAAUAAGGUUACUACAGGAAGUGAGAGCUCCACAGAUUUUGCAACACAAAGCCAUAGGUCAAUUUUGGAAUGUUCACUUGAUCUAUCAAAGUCAAUGACAGCUCAUGAAGGUGAAUUAAUGGAAAAUGAAGAAGUUAUUAUUGAACGGAAAAUACUUCAGUUUUCGCAGGGCUGCUUGAGGAUGAAAGAAAAAUUGAAUAGUUUGGUCGAAAAAUUGACCCUUCUAUUACAAAUUGGCCAACCAAAUGACCGGACAAAAGUUAUCGGCACUAUCCGAGAAUUGGUUCGAUCUGGAUAUCCAGUAAACGAGAAGAUUACUGGCCCUGUUGUUCAAGCUAUUGCGAUGCUAGCUAAAAAUUCUGCUGGCGCUUUGGCCCCUGCAUUCUGGAGCAUUUUUAUUGGAGACCAAGGAAUUGGAAACGUCCAAAUGGUCCGCAACAUUUUCAAAAUUCUUGACUCUGUUGAUGCUGCCACUAAGAAUCUUCUCAAGCCAAUAAUCGGUGAAAUGUACGCAGUUGGGUCCCUUUCAGAACAGGCUGUACGAAUUCUGUGGGACGCGUUCAAUCGUGCUUAUGACUCAUGGUCUGCACAUGAUGCUAAAAAUGCUAUCUUUGUUCUUGGUGCAAUUGGAAAGUGUAACAAGGAUGUGAUUACGGCAAAUUUAGGCUUUAUUUUAAAAGCUGGACUUGGAGAUGACGCUUUAAAUGACUUUGGCCUGAUUCGAUACACUCUUGAAGCAAUUUUGUUUAGUUUGAAGGCAACAAAGAAAGGAGAAAGCGAUGUGCAAACCACUCAUCGUCUGAGCAGGAACCAUGCACUUUUUGACAGACUUGUGGAAAUCCUUGUUUAUGGAGUAAGCACAAAAGGAAAUUGGGAAACUCAUCAACACUUUCCUCGGGUUGCAGAACUUGCUGUGCAGAUCAUAUAUAAACUCUCGUGGGAUCACAUUCCAUUUACUGACCAAAUUUUGCGCAGAAUUCCCCCCAUUGUAUUUGGAGAGACCAACGAAAAUGAAGGUUUUUCUAACUUUGAAAUUAAAGAUACUGAAGAAAUAUAUAUUCGAUACAUGGCCAUUAUGACAGCUUUGUUGGGAACUCACAUUAACUACUGUGAAACGGUUGCCAUCCCAGAAAUCAAACGACGGAAGGCGGUUGACACAAGUGUGGUGUUAGAGGAUGCCAUGUCGAAAUCUGACCUUGACAAUGUUUCUACGACAUGCAAUUCAACUCUAGGUGGUCACUCUUCCUUAAAGCUAAAUGCGACUAAUAUCGCCCGUAUUUCCGCAAUAAACAAUUCGUCAACAAUAAGCCGUGCCCGAAGGCGAAGACCCAAAUCUACUUCGUCAUUCUCGACUACCGGGAGUACUACUGGAGUGCUAUCGGAAAUUGAGGCCGUCAUAGGAAAAUCUGCAUUUGAUGGUGAUGUCGACAUUGUCAAGUCGUACAUUGAAAAACUGUUGGACCGUGGAACGUUUCACCAGUUGCGCCACAUCACUCUAUACUUUUGCCAAAAUAUUACAACUAUUAAACACCGAAAAUUGAAGAUAUCAAUUGUUAACUCUAUCGCGAAGCUUAUGUUGGUCAGUGCAGAAUCCGUGGCAAAGCUUAUCGAGCCAUUUAUCAACUUGUGGACCAUCGUGGACGAUGACCUAGUCAAGGUUGAAAUGCUUAAACAUAUUACGGCUUUAAAUGUCAGAUUUCCUAACCAGAUGGAACCAUGCAAUAUGAUAAUCAAGAGCGGAUUAAUGAGCGGCAGCACUCACAUCAAAAUGGCAUGUUUGGAUUUCAUGGGAUAUCUGGCAUUGGGAGACAUGGUGAAAAUUCGAGAUAGUAUUGCAGAAGUCGCUUUAUGUCUAACCUCAGAAAAAUUGGUUAUACGAGAAUUGGCUCGAGAUUUCUUUGACGUCUGCGCCGAAAAGAAUAAUGUUAUCAGCAACGCCAUACCGGAAGUUAUCUCACAGUUAUCAAAUCGUGACGGCCUUUCACAGCAAGACUUUCAAGGCAUUAUGAAAUUUCUUCUAGUUCGUGUCAAGAAGGAAAAACAAGUUGUUGGUCUCGUUGAAACACUGGUGAACCGUUUUAAAGGAUCAGCUCAAAAUGGACGCUUAUGGGAAGACAAUGCUUGUUGUUUGUCGCAGCUUCCUCAGGGGGAGAAGACCUUCAAAAUUAUUCGCGAUAAUUUACGCUUGUACACUGACAAAUUAGAGAAUGAAGUUGUGUACACUUCGUUUGUUCAUAUAAUUGGAAUUUUACGACGUGUCAAUUUGAAGCCUGGUGUUAAGACAAAAGUCGAGGAUUAUGAGCGAGAGUUGAAGGAGCUGCGUGAAAAAUGCUUGAAAAAGAAUUAUGUUGCUAAAGCUAAGAACCGUCAAGAAGGGAAAAACAACAAACAAUCUGAAAAUCAAGACGCUUCAAGCUUAAUUAGUUUGUUCAAGGAGCCGGAUGGAAAUGGUAUCGAUAAGGGCGGCCAAGAUGAAAAUACUGACGAUUCGGAUGACGAAGAUUCUUGAAUAGACAAUUUGAAUAGACGAUUUAUUAAUACUUUUAAUUUGACCUCAACGUUUAUUAAUGUACGUACCUGUACUAUUAAGUUGAUUUUGUUACAUUUCAAUGUAAACUUUUUUGAGUAGUUUCCCAUGCAUAGUAUAUACGAAAAUAACGUUACAUGUAGAUUUAGAACCAAUUUAAAAAAAUAACUCGAUACUUUUUUCUAAUUCAACGCUUGCCAGUGACUUAUUUAUUGAGUUUGACUUUCACUCUUAUUACCGACUCUGAAUCUCCGGCAUUCUAAAUUAUGUUAUAAUCUGCAAUGUGAAAUAUAGUGUUUUUUCACUUUUUUUAAACAUAUUUGAUUUUUAUAUCCGAGAUGUUGCAUUCAUUCCGAAUGCAUGUUAUCACGUGUGCCACAUACAUAUACCCGUGAGUUGAAUAAAGAUUUUAACAACUAUUUAAAUACUGAGC